CUGCACUAUCUCGAUUGUGCGCUGCACACGGACAUGUCCGAUAUUGAGCAAUAUUACAUGAAACCGCCAGGCUCCUGCUUCUGGGUGGCCGUCCUGGACGGCAACGUGGUGGGGAUCGUGGCGGCGCGGGGCAACGAGGAGGACAACACGGUGGAGCUUCGCCGCAUGUCCGUCGACUCCAACUACCGCGGCAAAGGGAUCGCCAAGGCCCUGGGCCGCAAAGUGCUGGAGUUUGCCAUGCUCAACAACUACUCCUCCGUCGUGCUGGGAACCACGGCUGUGAAGAUGGCAGCCCACAAGCUCUACGAGUCCUUGGGCUUCAAGCACGAGGGUGUUGUUGAACAUUAUGCCCUGCCAGGGAUGACACGCUCCUUACUGGAGAGAAUGUUUUUCCAGGUCCGCUACCACCGCUACCGCCUGCAGCUGCGGGAAGAAUAAAAAAAACCCAACCAACCAAACGAAAAAAAUAUUUUUUCCCCCUUCAAAAAGAAUAAAUUACCCUUCUAUUUCU